AUGUCGUACGAAGUCAAGGGAAAGUUUGCUCUGGUCACGGGUGCUGGCAGUGGGAUCAAUCUGGCUUUUGCCGAGCAGCUUCUCAAGGCCGGUUGCUCCGUGGUCUUCGCAGAUAUCGCACUGCGCGAGGAAGCCAAGGCUCUCAUCGCCGAGUUCCCUCACCCCGCUCCCGUCUCUGCAGUCUAUCACAGGUGCGACCAGUCCGACUGGAAGUCUAUCUCUGACACCUGGGAGUUCACCCUUAAGACCUUUGGACGCAUUGACCUGGUCUGCCCUGGCGCUGGCAUUUGGGAACCCCCCUCCUCCACUUUCUGGCAACUCCCAGGCAUCUCCCCCCUGUCCAAGGACGACCCCAAUGGCGCCCCAGGAGUCUACCACCUCUUCGCCGUGAACCAGAUGGGCCCCAUCCGGUUUGCCCAGAUCGCCCUGGAUUACUGGAUGUCCAACAAAAUCGCGGGCAGCCUGCUGUUCGUGGCCUCGAUGAGCGCGUACCUGCCGACCAUCGGCACGCCGCUGUACAACGCCUCCAAGGGCGCCCUGACCUCAUUCACGCUGUCGCUGGCCCAGGUCAAGGCCCGUCUGGGCAUCCGCGUCGCCUGCAUGUGCCCGUCCACCACCUACACCCCCGCCGUCGAGGCCGAGUACUGCGUCGGCAAGGUCCGCAAGCAGGACAUGAACAUGACUGCCGAGGAAUGCGCGCAGAUCAUGCUGCGCCUCGUGACAGAGGAGCAGUACGGAAACGGCGAUAUCGUCGAGGGCAUGCAAUAUGCCGAGCAGGGCAUGCCAUCUGACGUGCGCGUCCGCACCGUCCCUUACCAGGCACUGCUGCCUCCUAUCAACAUGGAGGGCGAGUUCAGUGGAAAGAACAUCCUGAUAGAGGAGGAGAAGUUAUGGGAGAAGCUUAAGGUCAGCGGUAUGAGAUAG